GUCACGCGUCGGUGCACCUGUCGGACUCCGGUAUCCUGCUGCUUUUCUUCCUCUUCCGCGGCUUUGGUUCGGAACGUACAGCCUCUUUCUCGUAGUGCAAGUUCUUCCGCGGCCGGAAUUGGGCUGCGUGAUGAGGAAGGAAGGUGUGGUGGAUUGAAAACCGUUCUACUUCAUUCCCGAGUUAGAGCAUGGGUCAGUUUUAGUCUUUUAGAAGAAAAGUGAGGUUGGAGGUUUUUAUUUUCAAAUUUGGGUAGAAACAGGUUGACUCUAGGGCCCAAAGCAAGCGGAUCUAACUUAAUGCUGCUCCCGUGUUUGAAGGAGGCCAAAAAAAGUCUCACUUGCUAAAAUUUCCGUAACCUUUUCGGUAGAAAACUCCAGGUGUCUUAAAUUGCGGUAGUUUCCGUUGUGUGUAGCUUAUUCAGGUGGACCUCCCAGGGUAGCUAGGUUUUUAGGCUUGAAACAGAUGCAGAAUCCAAAGGCAGCGCAGAAAACAGCCACCGAUUUUGCUAUGCCUCUGACCUGCAAGAUAACCAGCCAGCUCAAUGGAGUCUGAGCAGCUGUUCCAUAGAGGCUACUAUAGAAACAGCUACAACAGUAUAACGAGUGCAAGUAGUGACGAGGAACUUUUAGAUGGAGCUGGUGUUAUUAUGGACUUUCAAACUUCUGAAGAUGACAAUUUGUUAGAUGGUGACACAGUAGUUGGAACUCAUUAUACAAUGACAAAUGGAGGCAGCAUUAACAGUUCUACACACUUACUGGAUCUUUUGGAUGAACCAAUUCCAGGUGUUGGUACAUAUGAUGAUUUCCAUACUAUUGAUUGGGUGCGAGAGAAAUGUAAAGACAGGGAAAGGCAUAGACGGAUCAACAGCAAAAAGAAAGAAUCAGCAUGGGAAAUGACAAAAAGUUUGUAUGAUGCGUGGUCAGGAUGGCUGGUAGUAACACUAACAGGUUUGGCAUCAGGGGCAUUGGCUGGACUAAUAGACAUUGCUGCUGAUUGGAUGACUGAUCUGAAGGAAGGCAUUUGCCUUAGUGGGUUGUGGUACAACCAUGAACAAUGUUGUUGGGGAUCUGACGAAACAACAUUUGAAGAGAGGGAUAAAUGUCCACAGUGGAAAACAUGGGCAGAGUUAAUCAUAGGUCAAGCAGAGGGUCCCGGUUCUUACAUCAUGAACUAUAUAUUGUACAUCUUCUGGGCUUUGAGUUUUGCCUUUCUUGCUGUUUCCCUGGUAAAGGUAUUUGCUCCAUACGCUUGUGGCUCUGGAAUUCCAGAGAUUAAAACUAUUUUGAGUGGAUUUAUCAUCAGAGGUUACUUGGGAAAAUGGACUUUAAUGAUCAAAACCAUCACGUUAGUACUGGCUGUGGCAUCAGGUUUGAGUUUAGGAAAAGAAGGUCCCCUGGUACAUGUUGCCUGUUGCUGUGGAAAUAUCUUUUCCUACCUCUUUCCAAAGUAUAGCACAAAUGAAGCUAAAAAAAGGGAGGUGCUAUCAGCUGCCUCCGCUGCAGGUGUUUCUGUAGCUUUUGGUGCACCAAUUGGAGGAGUUCUUUUUAGCCUGGAAGAGGUUAGCUAUUAUUUUCCUCUUAAAACUUUAUGGAGAUCAUUUUUUGCUGCUUUAGUGGCUGCGUUUGUUUUGAGAUCUAUUAAUCCAUUUGGUAAUAGCCGUCUGGUCCUUUUUUACGUGGAGUAUCAUACACCAUGGUACCUUUUUGAACUGUUUCCUUUUAUUCUCCUCGGGGUAUUUGGAGGGCUCUGGGGAGCCUUUUUCAUUAGGGCAAAUAUUGCCUGGUGUCGUCGACGCAAAUCCACCAAAUUUGGAAAGUAUCCUGUUCUUGAAGUCAUUAUCGUUGCAGCCAUUACUGCUGUGAUAGCCUUCCCUAAUCCAUAUACCAGGCUCAACACCAGUGAACUGAUUAAAGAGCUUUUUACAGACUGCGGUCCUCUGGAAUCCUCUUCUCUUUGUGACUACAGAAAUGACAUGAAUGCCAGUAAAAUUGUUGAUGAUAUCCCUGAUCGUCCAGCAGGCCUUGGAGUAUAUUCAGCUAUAUGGCAGUUAUGCUUAGCGCUCAUAUUUAAAAUCAUAAUGACAGUGUUCACUUUUGGUAUCAAGGUUCCAUCAGGCUUGUUCAUCCCCAGCAUGGCCAUUGGAGCAAUCGCAGGGAGGAUUGUGGGGAUUGCAGUGGAGCAGCUCGCAUAUUACCACCACGAUUGGUUUAUCUUUAAGGAGUGGUGUGAGGUUGGGGCCGAUUGCAUUACCCCUGGUCUUUAUGCCAUGGUUGGUGCUGCUGCAUGCUUAGGUGGUGUGACAAGGAUGACUGUGUCCCUGGUGGUUAUUGUUUUUGAGCUUACCGGAGGUUUGGAAUAUAUUGUUCCCCUUAUGGCUGCAGUAAUGACCAGUAAAUGGGUUGGAGAUGCCUUUGGCAGGGAAGGCAUUUAUGAAGCGCACAUUCGGUUAAAUGGAUACCCUUUCUUGGAUGCAAAGGAAGAAUUCACUCAUACCACUCUGGCUGCUGACGUCAUGAGACCUCGAAGGAACGAUCCUCCUUUAGCUGUCCUGACACAGGACAAUAUGACAGUGGAUGAUAUAGAAAACAUGAUUAAUGAAACCAGCUACAAUGGCUUUCCUGUCAUAAUGUCAAAAGAAUCUCAGAGAUUGGUGGGAUUUGCCCUCAGAAGAGACCUGACAAUUGCAAUAGAAAGUGCCAGAAAAAAACAAGAAGGUAUCGUGGGCAGUUCUCGUGUGUGUUUUGCACAGCACACCCCAUCUCUUCCGGCAGAAAGUCCUCGGCCCUUGAAGCUUCGCAGCAUCCUUGACAUGAGCCCUUUCACAGUGACAGAUCACACCCCAAUGGAGAUCGUGGUCGAUAUUUUCCGAAAGCUGGGUCUGAGGCAGUGCCUUGUAACUCACAAUGGGAUUGUCUUGGGGAUCAUCACAAAGAAGAACAUAUUAGAGCAUCUCGAGCAACUAAAGCAGCACGUCGAGCCCUUGGCGCCUCCUUGGCAUUAUAACAAAAAAAGAUAUCCUCCGUCAUAUGGCCCAGACGGCAAACCAAGACCCCGCCUCAGUAAUGUUCAACUGAAUCCCGUAGAUGAGGAGAGAGAGGAGGCAGAAGAGGAAGUUCAUUUGUUGCAUAGCACAACUCUGUAACCUGCGAGAGUCGUCUACUUAUUUUUCUCCUAAAAAAAAAAAAAGAAAGAAAAAAGAAAUAUAAAAGCCAGGCUUUUGCAACACAGUUUGCAAAUAAUGCUGGUGGAAUGGAGGAGUUGUUUGGGGAGGGAAAGCAGAGAGAGAAGGAAAUGAGUGAGGUAUUUCCCCCUCUGAGAGCAGCCAAUCAACUCCUGUUCUGCACUGGAUGCAUUCAGCUGAGGAUGUGCUGUGAUAGUGCAGGCUUGAGCUUCAAAGGAGAGGACACCGGAGCACCUGGCCUGUCACUCCAACAUCGCAAAGAUGCGUUAUCAGUCCCUGUUUCUGGAGGGAUUACUUUGAAUUGAGCCAUCUAUAAGACUGCAAGGUCUUGCCCUUUUUAAAUCAAAACUGUUCUGUUUAUUUCAUGAAUUGUAUAGUUAAGCAUUACCUUUCUACAUUCCAGAAGCUUUUCUUUCUCCCUCACCCUCUCUCUCUCUUUCUCUCUCUCUGUAACAAAGCCUCUUUAAAUUGGUGAACCUUUUUGAAGCAGUCUUUCUCAUAUUGAGAUGUACUGUGAUAUUACUGAGGUUUUAUUACAAGAAGGGAGUGUUUCUCGUGCCAUUAACCAUGUAGUUUGUACCAUCACUAAAUGCUUGGAGCUGUCACAUGUGCCACAACAAAGGCUGAUCAACUAGGUAAAAUCUUGAAGUGUGAAUGAAAUCUCUCAGCUUGUGUGCUGUGUGGUUCAGAAUCUACAAUGAAACCUGACUUGUAAGGAUAAACAUCUUUUUGUUUUUUUUUUUUUUCCUCUCAGACCUUAUGAAUAAUGUUACCUGGUCUUAUGCAUAUUUUGUACUUCUAAAACUACUAUGAUAUACAAGUACUGUUCAGCAUACGGAAACAAAAUGCUGAUGCUUUGACAGUGAAGAGAAGGAAGUAUUCUGUUUAGCAGUAUCUGGUAUUAAUUGCAUGUUUAAACACUGGAAUUUUUUUCUUGAAGUUAGAUCUUUUUUUUUCUCUUUCCCCAAAAUAUUUUACUGCUGACACUGAAGAAGAAUUGUAAUUCAUAACUUGCACUAAAUGUAUAUUUCUUUUCUUAAAAAUUUACCAUUCUUAUUUAUAUUUUUAUGGAUUAAAGUUUAUAAAAUACAGAUCAGUUAAUAUCUCACUUAAAUAAUUUUACCUUUUUAAUGUGUUUUUAUAGAGUAAUUCAGACUUACAAAUACAGAGGUGUAAACAAAGUUUACAGUGGGAAAAACAAGGGUGUUAAAAGAAGUUGCGAUUAUUUCUCUAUGAUCCAGUGUGUACACAAACCUUUUUCUGAUCUUUCACUGCCAUCCCCUGGAUUAUGUCUUCUGACCUGUCCAUUUUGACUCAUUAACUGGAAAGUUGAAACAUUACAAAUCACUUUGCAGAUUAAAACCAAAAGUUAAAUAAGAGUUGACCUUUUUUGAAAAAAAAAAAAAAUGAAAACAAUAAAAUUGCAAAGGUAGCUGUUAAAAUUUUAAUCUGAACAUAACCUUUGAGUCUUUGGGUAUGUCACAUCCAUAAGUGUUCAGUGAUUGAUUAUUCACGGUACACAUUUUUACAGAAUGAGUUGAAAAUGUAAUGGGGUAUGUUUGGGAUUUUUUUGGGGGGCGGGGGAACGUCUGUCUUAAACAUGGUCUUAAUCGGCAAAGGCAGUUUACUUGAAGGACUGGCCUCAAUAUUCUGUGAUUAUGCAUUUUUGGUAGAAAAAUGAAUUUUUGCAGACAGGCAUUUCUGAAACAACUGGCAAUGAGCUGUUUUUACAUUCUGGAAGUGAUUCUUCACUUCAUAGUUAGUGAUAAUGUAUCUGUAAAAUCCCAUAAGAUCUGUAAGAUCUUGAAGAUUUAUAAGAUCAUGAAGCCAUAUUAGAAUGACAAUUGAAAGCUGAAAAAAUUUUAGGAAUUUCUUGGAACAUUCUUAGUUUUGCUAUCUGCCUAAAAUUAGUAUUUUGUUCCAAUUACUUCCCCACCCUUUAGCAGACUUCACGUUUUCUUAAUGACCUCUUCAAAGUUUAUUUAACCAUCCAGAAUGAAAUUUCUAAAUGAUGGUUCAAUAUAUCUUAUCUCCAGCUUGUCUUACGUAUAUUUUCAUUGUGCAAGGCACUUUUAGAAUAUGAAUUCCUCAGCAUUGGCUAUUGAAUACUGAAUUGCUUGGUCUUCAGUUACAAGGCUUCAAAGAGAAACGAAGUUCUUUGCAGAUAGCUUUAUAACAUUAAAGUUCUCAUGGGUUUCAUUUUUCAUGUUUCCGUUUUUGAUUUCAGGUCCUCUUUUCAUUGCCCAUCCUGCUUCAGAGACUGACAUUUCAGGGUGGAUAUUCAAGGUGGCUAUUAAUUUUCUUGGUAUAUUUCUAUCCCUGAUGUGUCUUACUCCUCAAAUACAGGACAAGUGCCGUAUUUUUAUGCAUUCAGUGAUUUUCUUUGGUAUUACUAUCUGGUCCACUUUUUCUUGAUACAAUGAGGUGUGUCUGCUUUUUAAUCAAACUGUGAAAUAGUGGAGACCAUGAAAUAUAUGUGCCUGGCUAAUUGGCAAAUUAAUUGACCAAUAUAAUAAGUGGAGCGCCUUAUUUGAGUACCCUUUUUUGAGGAGGUAUGAUGAGAAUGGGCAAGGGUGUAAGGUGUGAAGGGAAUGGGCAAGGGUGUCAGCAUCUCUUAUUAAUUACUGUUUUCAGUUUUGGUUCAUGAAGAAUGCUUAGUUUGUUAAUCUGUGAUGUUGCCUAGAGCUGUAUUUAUCUGUUUUUAUUUAUACUAGUGUAGUAAAGCUGCAUAUCAUUACAGUAAAAAUGAUUACUGUGAUGAGUUAAUCAGAAUAUCUAUUAAAAUCUAUAUGACAAUG